AUGGUGGUCGGCCUGGUGGUGGUGUCGGCGGCGCUGGUGGGCUACCUGUGGUGCCUGCUGCUGCGCCGCCUGUACGAGAACACACGAGGACUGCCGUGCGCCGGCGUGUUCGCCGGGCCCUGCACCGCCGUGCUGCUGCUCAGGGACACCCAGCUGGUACGCCACGUCACCGUGCGGGCGUUCGCCGACUUCUGCGACCACCACGCCGUCAGCGGCGACCCGCUACUCGCCGGCAGCCUCAUGUUCCUCCGAGGAGGAAGCUGGCGCCGCAUGAGAGCAACUCUAAGCCCAGCGUUCACGUCUGGUCGAAUAAAAGACAUGAUGGGACUCAUGGCGCAAGUUUCUCGCAACAUGGUGGACCACAUAGACAGCAUCAUCAAAACAAGCAAGCUUGCCGAUGGUCCUGUGCCCAUGGAGAUAGAAGACCUGAUGAACAGAUACAGCAGUGACGUCAUAGCUUCCACUGCCUUCGGACACGACUGCAACUCAUUUGCAGACCGCAACAACGAAUUCUAUCGCCGAGGGAAGGACAUCACAGACUUUUCCGGGAUAAGAGCUCUUGUCAUCAUCGGACACGUGCUGUUUCCGUCGCUCAUGAAGGCGCUGGGGAUCCCCUUCGUCCGUGCGUCCAGCCGCGACUUCCUGCUGCGCCUGGUGCGGGACGCGGUGGAGGCGCGGCGGCGGUCGUCCAGCUCCAGCCGUCCGGACGUGUUGCAGCUGCUGAUAGAGGCUCGCCACGAGGACGGAACGGCGCUCACCGAGACCGAGAUGGCAGCGCAGGUGAUGUUCUUCCUGCUGGCCGGCUUCGACUCGACCACAAACCUGCUGUGCUUCACGACGUACCUGCUGGCCCUCCACCCCGACGUCCAGGCGCGCCUGCACAAGGAGCUCGACGGGUGCAGGUCUGCGGCGAGUGGGGAGAUCAGCCACGACGACCUCACGCGCUGCGACUACCUCGACUGGGUCAUUGCAGAGUCUCUGCGGCUGUUCCCGCCGGUGCCGCUGCUGGACAGGCGGUGCGGCCGCGCAUGCGCAGUGGGCGGCGGCCCCCGGCUGCAGGCUGGGGACGUGGUGGCGGUGCCGGUGCAGGGCCUGCACGCCGACCCCCUCCUCUUCCCCCGGGCCCAGCACUUCCUGCCAGAGCGCUUCCGGCGGCCGGACCAGGUGCCGCUGGGCGCUUACCUGCCGUUCGGCGCCGGACCCAGGGCCUGCAUCGCGAAACGCUUCGCCCUGAUGGAGAGCAAGGUGGCGCUGUCCGCGCUGCUCUCACGCUACAGCCUGCACCCGGUGGAGAAGACGCCCACCUCCAUACGACUCACCACCAGGGGACUCAACAUGACCAUCGACGGUGGCUUCUGGAUAGGCUUCAAACCGCGACUCUCAUCCACAAAGACGUGAGCGGCGGGUGGCGAAGCGAAGUAAACGGCUCGCGCUUUACACGUCGCAGACUGCACAGGGGAACACGGCGUGUUCC